CUUGUCUCACUAUUUCCAUUAGCAUCCGCUGGCGCAGUAGAGGCGCAUGUCGAGCAAAGCUUGGACGAGCAAGGAAUGUCUUGUCUGAGGUAAAGUUCGCGAACGAUCUUUUGAACUUUUCCGCUUUUCGUGGAUCUCACGAAGACUUUGCUGGUGACAUUUGCUGCCUGCGGAUUCGACGAGAAAUCACGCCGUAAGCUUUUCAUUUUGACUGUAUAGCGACCACACUCCUGGCAGGUCGUUGUAUUCUGCAACCCAGAUCGUUUUUUCAGGCCGUUGAUGCACUCCGUGACGUUUGCUCAGAUCUGGAUCCGCUCUUGCUGAAGCGGGAUCCAGACGUUGGACCGAUUCGGGAAAGUCUGCCGAGUGCCGACGGGCAUCGCCAUGGGCUCUCUCUUGAUAAGCAUGCUAUGUUCCGCCAUCAACCUUUGGGUCCUCCGUAGACUUUCGACUCUUUUUUUCUUUUUAUACAGAAUCCAAGCGGCUAGUAGCUUCACAAAAAUGGUUCUCGCAGCCGUGGGGCAACUAUGUUCAACUGGAAGUCUAGCGGCCAACUUGACGCAAUGCAAGACGCUGGUACGCAAGGCAGCCGCAGCUGGAGCUAAGGCAUUGUUUCUUCCCGAGGCUGCGGACUAUAUCGCAUCAUCGCCUGCAGAGACUAUCUCACUGGCACGCUCUGUACAAGACAGCGAAUUUGUACUGGGUCUCCAAAAAGAGGCACAAUUGGCCAAUCUGCACAUCAAUGUAGGGAUACACGAACCGGCGUCGAACGGUAGGAUCAAGAACACCCUCGUUUGGAUCAAUGAAAAGGGCGACAUCACACAACGCUACCAGAAGGUCCACCUAUUCGAUGUGGACAUCAAGGGUGGACCAGUACUGAAGGAAAGCGCCGUCGAGAAGGGGAUGGAGAUACUACCGCCUUUCGAGACACCCGUUGGGCGAGUAGGCUUGUCUAUUUGUUUUGAUCUGCGCUUUCCUGAGAUUAGUCUGGCUCUCAAAAGACAGAACGCCCAAAUCAUCACAUAUCCAUCAGCUUUUACGGUUCCUACCGGGACAGCGCAUUGGGAGACCCUUUUACGCGCCAGAGCUAUAGAAACGCAGUCCUAUGUGAUUGCCGCAGCCCAGGCCGGGCCUCACAAUGAAAAGAGGAGAAGCUAUGGACAUUCCAUGAUCGUUAAUCCAUGGGGCGAAGUUGUUGCCAAGCUUGACGAUGAAUACCAAGAGCCGCAGAUCGCGGUUGCGGACAUUGAUCUAGAUCUCCUUGCUAAAGUCAGGAGAGAGAUGCCGCUACUCAGAAGAACGGAUAUAUACCCAGAAGUAUAGAUGAUCGUGGCAUUUGACUCAGUACAUACGAUAUCUGUAACUGGUACACAGUACAUACUAUCAUUACCGUUUCCUUGUUGUAUAACACCAAAUGAUAGGUUGCUAUCCAGUGUGAACGUAGCCGAAAACCGAGAUACACAUCAUACAACCCA